CUAAAACUCUUUACUUUCUCUCAUUCCCUCUCACCUUUCUUUCUCCAACACCAUGGCUUCCCCAACACUAAUAACCCCAACCUCCACCCCCAAAUCACUCACCCCCGUCAAGCCCAAACCAACAACCGUCGUCUCCGCCACCAUCACCCCUACCACCGCCACCGCCACCCACCCACGCCGCCGCGAAUUCUUGUCCCUCACCGCCUCCCUCGUCUCCUCCGUGGUUCCGCUGGCCCCGGCAGUCGCUGCGUCGGACGAGGAGUACGUGAAGGAGACGGAGGACGUGAUUAACAAGGUGAGGACGACAAUCAGCUUGGACAAGAACGACCCGAACGUGGCGACGGCGGUGGCUGAUUUGAGAGAAAGUUCGAACUCGUGGGUGGCGAAGUACCGGAGGGAGAAAGCGCUUCUGGGAAGGGCUUCGUUCAGGGACAUGUACUCGGCGCUGAAUGCUGUCUCCGGACACUACAUUAGCUUCGGACCCACCGCUCCCAUUCCCGCCAAACGAAGAACCAGGAUCUUGGAGGAGGUCGACACCGCCGAGAAAGCGCUUCUAAGAGGAAGAUGAGUCAUGCAAACAACCUUUUCCUUCAACUUCUUCUUCUGGAAUCUUCCUUAAUUGCUUCCUUUACUUUUUGUAUUAUCAUGAUUCUAUUCAAAAACUAUAUAUGUAUGUAUGUAUGCAGUCAUAUCAUAGAGUCAAAGUAAAAGAAUGGAGGCAUUUUGCGAUUAUGACAUGAUGGCAUUUUUAGUAUAAUCCAACCAAUCACGGUUAUGCUCUCUAA